AUGUCGGGCAUGCGCAAGAAGAAGGCCACGCCACUCCCCAAGAGCGCCAGCAAGGGCAAAUUUCCGAAAGCUCCCCCGAAGCAGCCGAGCCCGAAGAAUGGUGGUGCGGCUGGUGGUGUGGUGCUGGUGAGGGACACACACCAAGAGGCCAGGCAGCAGGUCGUCUACCCCAACUCUCCGCGCGCUGGCGUUCGCGUCUCGCGGCCGCGGAAGGCCACGCGCCCGGGGCGCUCCCCGCACAGCCGCGGCACGCCGACGAAGCACGGCCAAGCCAUCGUGACGGCCACCGCCAGCGAGAGGGCGCCCGGAGGGCCCGGACCGCGCGGCGACCGCAACGCCAGCACUUCGCCGAACCAGAAGAAGUACCACCACCAACAGCAGCAGCAGCAGCAGCUGAGCAGUGGCCACGCCCACCGGAAGGCGGUCAGCCCCGGCUUCUACCCAUCCCCACGACAUCACAACAAACAGGGCAGCCACGCAGCCGGAGGAGGAACCGGAAAAGGGCAGCCACGCUCGCCGUCGCCGGCUCGCCCGGCCUCGGAGAGUGAGCGCCCGACCGAGUUGCCCACCGCGGCCACCACCACCGCCAACACCACAGCCCUCCUCCAGCAGCAGCAGCUGCAGAACGCCCCUUCCCCGCCCAGCUCGGCCCUGUCGACGACCGCCUCCACCCAGCCACAACUCCAGCAAGUGGCCCCGCCGCGUGACGAGGACAAGACGGUCAAGGAGUCGCAGAAGGGAAAGGGAGGAGGAGGAGGAGGACGAGAUCCUGAUGAGCGGCAGAUGGCCAAGUUGCGCAACUUUGUCGACAACACCCUCAAGCUGGGCAUUGAGGGAAUGGAGACGCAGUGGCGCCUGGUGAAGGACCACCUCCCCGUCGCCGCCACCCGCAUGGACUUUGACGCCAACCCGGGCAAAAAUCGAUUCCAGGACAUGGUGUGCAUCGACCAGACACGCGUCUUCCUCGAGCAGACCCACUCUGACUACAUUCACGCGUCGUGGGUGGCUGUCGGCGAGGAUAGAAAGGCGAUCGUGACGCAGCUGCCGGUGCCCUCUGCUGCCCCCGAUUUCUGGGAGAUGUGUCUCCAGAAUGAGGUGCAGGGCAUCCUGCUCAUCCUCAGCCCCGCCGAGUACGGCCGAUUCGGCGCCGAGCACGUCUUCCCCAGCAAGGGUGACUUCAUCCACUACCGUAACCACCUGAAGGUGGGCUGCGUGAAGAGGGUCGAGGUGGCGGCCAAUUGGUCUCUUUCCGUCUACACCAUCAAGCACGGGCAUCGCCAGAGGUACGUGCACGUCCAUCACUACUCGGAUUGGCUGCACAACGGGCGGCCCGGCAAAAUGGAGGAAAUGUGGCAACUGGAGGCAAUCUUCCGCCGCUACCGCCACCCCCACGUCUAUAUGAGCCUGAGUGGAGGGGGACGAGCCGGCACUUUUGCUGCCUUCCAGCUUGCCCACUGGCGUCUGCACUCGGCGAAGGUGGAGGCCGUCUCCAUCCCCAGCUGCAUCACUGCCACCCGCAAUUUCCGGAUGCACGCAGUCCAGUCGGCCGUCCAGAUGCAAUUCCUCUACCUGGCCAUCACCAAGCACAUCUUCUCCAUGCAGAGCGUCGACGCCAUCCUCCCCGAGAAGGAGUCCAAGUUUUCGCGUUUCCUGCAGCUGUUGACGAAAUACGCGCAGAGGGACCAGCUGCAGAUGAAUCGACUGGGCGAUGGAUUCUUC